UCUGUUUAGUACUGAAAGGGAAAGGGGGAGGGGGAAAAAAAAGGAAGACAAAAGUGCUGCACUGAAUGUGAGAUCAUGCAAAAGCUAGUGCUCUAUGCUUCUAUUUACCUGUUCAUGCUGAUUGCUGUUGAUCCGGUGGCUCUUGAUGACAGUAGUCAGCCCACAGAGAACGCUGAAAAGGACGGACUGUGCAAUGCUUGUACGUGGAGACAGAAUACAAAAUCUUCCAGAAUAGAAGCCAUAAAAAUUCAAAUCCUCAGCAAACUGCGUCUGGAACAAGCUCCUAACAUUAGCAGGGAUGUUAUUAAGCAACUUUUACCCAAGGCUCCUCCACUGCAGGAACUGAUUGAUCAGUACGAUGUGCAGAGAGAUGACAGUAGCGAUGGCUCUUUGGAAGAUGAUGACUAUCAUGCCACCACCGAAACGAUUAUCACAAUGCCUACAGAGUCUGAUUUUCUUGUACAAAUGGAGGGAAAACCAAAAUGUUGCUUCUUUAAGUUUAGCUCUAAAAUACAAUAUAACAAAGUAGUAAAGGCACAAUUGUGGAUAUACUUGAGGCAAGUCCAAAAACCUACAACGGUGUUUGUGCAGAUCCUGAGACUUAUUAAGCCCAUGAAAGAUGGCACAAGAUAUACUGGAAUUCGAUCUUUGAAACUUGACAUGAACCCAGGCACCGGUAUUUGGCAGAGUAUUGAUGUGAAGACAGUGUUGCAAAAUUGGCUCAAACAGCCUGAAUCCAAUUUAGGCAUCGAAAUAAAAGCUUUUGAUGAGAACGGACGGAAUCUUGCUGUAACUUUCCCAGGACCGGGGGAAGAUGGAUUGAACCCAUUUUUAGAGGUCAGAGUUACAGACACACCAAAACGGUCCCGCAGAGAUUUCGGUCUCGACUGCGAUGAGCACUCGACAGAAUCCCGGUGUUGCCGCUACCCGCUGACGGUGGAUUUCGAGGCUUUCGGCUGGGAUUGGAUUAUCGCUCCUAAACGAUACAAAGCCAACUACUGCUCUGGAGAAUGUGAAUUUGUGUUUUUACAAAAGUACCCCCACACCCACCUGGUGCACCAAGCCAACCCCAGGGGCUCGGCAGGCCCUUGCUGCACGCCCACCAAGAUGUCCCCCAUCAACAUGCUGUACUUCAACGGCAAAGAACAAAUCAUCUACGGCAAGAUACCAGCCAUGGUUGUGGAUCGCUGUGGGUGCUCCUGAGAUCCUCGCCAGAUCCACUGCUUCACGCAUUGUGGAAGCUACCAAAAGAAAAAGUAAAAAAAAAUUAAAAAAAAAAAAAAAAAAAAAAAGGAAAAAAGGAAAAACCAGAAAAAGUUACAGCCCCUCACCAGUCUCUCAAACUGUGAAGUACACAAGGCAUUGCCGACCUCCUGCGUGCUACCAGCAGCAGUUACAGAAUGUGAACUAAAGGACAAUGUACCUGAUGGCUGCUUGUGAGCCAGUAAAAGAGAAAAGCUACAAUCAAAAUCACCGGAUUUAAUCCACAAAGUUCUUGCAUUAUGAGGGAAUCAAUAUUCAGUCAUUUGGAUGCAAAUUUAUAUGCAGGUUUCAGUACACAUUGGUAAUCAAAAGCAAGCUCCUUCUCACCUGAGGACAGAAGGAGCAGGCUUUUAGGUUCCUUUCUUCACAGCUUCACUUAAUAUCAUAUUUACAGGAACAUAUAUACCGGUAACAUAUAUACCACUACACAAUACCACCAGAAUCAUCCUUAAACACUUGAAUAUAUAGUGCAGACUUGUGAAAUGUAUCAGAUGAAAUUCCACAUAAAUGGACAAACCCUGAAAUUAGGGAUGGCAUAGUGUAUUUAGCGUGUUUCCAUUCCUUUUUCUCAUUAGUAUGUUAGUAAUCAAUGGCAAUGGUGCUACGUAAGCAGGCUGAGUAAAUAGCAAGAUAGUUAUAUAAGUGAAGGAAUUUAGGCUUAAUAAUGAAUUUGCCCUAUCCUCAGGUACACUAUUCAACAUUCUCAAGAAACAGAUAUUUUUUAAAUGAAAAGGAAUAGUUUUCUAGACAUAGAAAAACAGAAGGCAGCAGAGAAAUCCAACAUGCAAACUGCA